CCGAUCCCCUUGACCUCCAGCCUUAGCCAGGGCCCCAGGAGUCCGGGCAACCCCGCUCCCCUCCUACCCACGCCCGACCCUCCCCGCCCUGCACUGUUGUUCUGGUUGCCGGGGUGUCCUGUACUGGUGACCACUUGGCGAGGAUGAAAGUGACCGUCUGUUUCGGGAGGAUGGGGAUUGUGGUUCCCUGCAAGGAGGGGCAGCUUCGUGUCCGAGACCUCACCCAGCAGGCUCUUCAGCGCUACCUCAAAGCCAAGGAGAAGGAUCCUGGUGACUGGGUGAAAAUUCACCACUUGGAGUACAUGGAUGGAGGAAUACUGGACCCAGAUGAUAUAUUGGCAGAUGUUGUUGAAGACAAAGAUAAGCUGAUUGCUGUGUUUGAUGAACAAGAAUCUGUUCCUAAGGUUGAGAGCCCCAGUGGAAACCUAACAGAGAGCCACAGCCCAGAUGCUUUUGAUGCAGAAGUGGCUACCCAACUGGCUGCCUUUAAGCCCAUUGGUGGAGAAAUUGAAGUAACUACUUCUGCUCUGAAAUUAGGCACACCACUGUUAGUGAGGAGGAGCAGUGACCCAGCACUAAGCCCACCUGCUGAUUCUCAUCCAGGUGCUUCACACCCCAGUGACCAGAAUCUGAAACCUGUUGUACCAGGCUCACCACAGAGUUUGGAAGAUGGGGAAGUCAUGUGUAGUGGACAGCCAGAACUGCUGACAUCACAAAAAGCUAAACACACAUCCAGUGAUAUGACAAGAACAGUGGAGAUUUCUGGGGAAGGUGGCCCUCUGGGGAUACAUGUAGUACCCUUCUUUUCAUCGCUGAGUGGAAGAAUUUUAGGGCUCUUUAUCCGGGGUGUUGAGGAAAACAGCAGGUCUAAACGGGAUGGACUAUUUCAUGAAAAUGAAUGCAUCAUAAAAAUCAACAAUGUGGAUCUCAUAGACAAAACCUUUGCUCAGGCUCAAGAUGUCUUCCGUCAAGCGAUGAAAUCUCAAAAUGUUCUCUUACAAGUGCUUCCACCAAACAACCGUGAACAGUAUGAAAAGUCAGUCAUUGCACCUCUUGGAAGUCUUGGUAACAGUGAUGUUGUUUUGAGAACAAAGAUAUCCCCUCCAAUCCAAGGAAAACCAGCAUCGAAAACAGUCAACCUGACAGGAGCAAGCAGUGUGGAGACAGACACACAGAUUUCUAGCCAACAGAACAGGAGCCCCAGAGUACCAAGACUAGGAAGAAAGCCAUCAUCACCAUCGCUUUCUCCCCUCAUGGGGUUUGGAAGCAAGAAAAAUGCAAAGAAAAUUAAGAUUGACCUUAAGAAAGGUCCUGAAGGACUUGGCUUCACUGUGGUUACCAGGGAUUCCUCAAUACAUGGUCUUGGUCCUAUUUUUGUGAAAAAUAUUUUACCAAAAGGAGCAGCAGUGAAAGAUGGCCGCCUACAAUCAGGGGAUAGAAUUUUGGAGGUGAAUGGCAGAGACAUUACUGGUCGGACUCAGGAAGAACUUGUAGCCAUGCUGAGAAGCACUAAACAAGGAGAAACUGCAUCUCUUGUCAUUGCUCGUCAAGAAGAAAGCUUCCUGCCCCGAGAACUGAAGGGAGAGCCUGACCGCUGCUAUGUGCUGUCCCUGGAGACUCCUGAGCAGCUGACCUUCGAGAUCCCUCUCAAUGAUUCAGGGUCUGCUGGGCUCGGAGUGAGUUUAAAAGGGAACAAAUCCCGAGAGACAGGAGCUGACUUGGGGAUUUUUAUCAAGUCUAUAAUCCAUGGAGGUGCUGCGUUUAAGGAUGGGCGCUUGCGGAUGAAUGACCAGCUGAUUGCAGUGAAUGGCGAAUCUCUUCUGGGCAAGUCCAACCAUGAAGCUAUGGAGACUCUUAGAAGAUCCAUGUCUAUGGAAGGGAACAUCCGAGGGAUGAUCCAGCUAGUGAUUCUGAGACGAAUGGACAGACAGAUAGAGGAGCGUACUGACUAUGGGCUCUUUCCCAAGCCCUCUCUUGAGAGCGGUCAACAUUUUGUUACCACCUCCAGGCGCCAUGAGCCCAGCCCACAUCCAUUCCUCACAUACAGCCCACAGGAGAGACAAAAAGAACUGCUAUUCUCCGAUGCUAACUGGGCUGACAGUGACACCCCACCUCCUCUACCACCGCAUCCCAGUCUGGAAUUGGAUCUUGAAGAUUAUAACCAUAGCUCAGUAGAGGAUUCAGCAGUAUAUCAUACAGGUCAGCAAAUAAACUUCAGAUCCCUGACACCAGCCAAGCAGCCUGAAUCAAUUCAUCUGAAAGCCUCAAAGAGCAUGGACCUUGUGCCAGAUGAAAGUAAAGUUCACUCAUUGGCUGGACACAAAUUGGAACCUACUGGCAAAGAUUUUGGCCCUACUCUGGGUUUGAAAAAGUCCAGUUCCCUGGAGAGUUUGCAAACAGCAGUAGCUGAAGUCAGGAAAAAUGACCUUCCUUUCCAUAGACCUCGUCCUCAUAUGGUGCGUGGGAGAGGGUGUAAUGAAAGCUUUAGAGCAGCUAUUGACAAAUCUUAUGAUGGACCUGAAGACUUAGAGGAGGACGGCCUGUCUGAUAAGAGCUCUUUCUCUGGUCAAGGAGCUCUGAAUUGUGAAUCUAACCCUCAGGGGAACGCUGCAGCAGAGGAUAUAGAAAAUAAGGCCAAGAAGAAUAAAAAAAAUAAAGACAAGGAAAAAAAAAAGGAAAAGGGCAAACUGAAAGUCAAGGAGAAAAAACGAAAAGAAGAGAAUGAAGAUCCUGAGAAAAAAGUUAAGAAGAAAGGGUUUGGUGCCAUGUUGAGAUUUGGGAAGAAAAAAGAGGACAAAGGUGGAAAAAAUGAACAGAAGGGAAAUCUAAAGCAAAGCAUGCUUCAGGAAGAAGAACUAGAAAAAAUGAAGGAAGAACGUGAAAGAAUUGGAGCAAAACACCAGGAGUUACGAGAAAAGCAGGCAAGAGGGCUUAUUGAUUAUUCCACUGGCCUCAUAGGACCCCUUCAUGAUAUGGAUGAUGAUGAAAUGGAUCCCAAUUAUGCCCGAGUGAACCAUUUCCAGGAUACUUACGUACCAGCUGGCGUCUACAGGUCAUCAUCACCACCAAGCGUCGGUGCACUGGGCUACCCCCGGGAUAGCCCCCUACUCUCUCCAGAGAAGGAUCACUUGGAAGGGCUUUAUGCAAAGAUCAACAAGCCUUACCAUCCCCAGACUCUUGCUGACAGUGGCCGCCACACAACUGGAUGUGCUGACCGAAUCCAGAAGUUACGGAAGGAAUAUCAUCAGGCCAGACGAGAGGGCUUUUCUUUAUAUGAAGAUGACGAAGCCAGAGCAAGGCCUUCUGAUUAUGAGCAGCAUUGGGUGUCUGGAAAAAGUCCAGAUGGGAGUUCACACAACCUCCGCUUUGAGGGGAUGGAAAGACAAUGUGCAUCCUUACCCAGGCGAGGACCUACAGAACCAGCAGAUUACCUAACAGGACCUCGGUUGAUAUACAAGGAAAGGGAACUUCCGUAUUACCCAGGAAUGCAGCCCAUUCAUCUUCCUAAAGGAAGCUACUCUCGUGCCCAGGAUGUGAGGGUGACAGACCUUCGCUAUCCUCAGUACUACCCACCCCCUCCAGCCACACACCACAAAGGACCUUUCCGACAAGAUGUCCCACCUUCACCACCUCAACACCACAAAGUGCCAGCAUAUCACGAAACAGGCAAAACAGGACAGCGGGCGGCCAGCCCAGAACAGUACCCAUAUAGAGCCCAGGACCCCCAGCAGAAGAACCCCAUGACUGCCGCUGUGUAGUAGGACAUGGGCCAGGAAAAAAGCCUUCUGCAAUUGCCUUGUUCUUUUUUCCUCUCGGUCCUCCAAAGUCUCCUUGGCUAUAAAAUUAUCCAUGAACUGGAACCAUUCUUUCUGCGGCAGGUACAGAUUAGGUUCUUCUCGCUGAGGAAAUCACUUAAGGCCAAUCAGAGGGGGAAAAAAGGAAGGUACAAUAUGUCUGAUCAGGCCAUGAAAACAGUGGUACUGUACAUUAAAAUGCUUUUAAACCAGUUAAACCCAGAGCAGAAGUGGUAGCUGAAAAGUAAAUAACAUCAUUAGAUACACUAAGUGGAAUGUCCCAGGGCUAGAUAAUAUGCAUCGCUGGCCUUUCUACACAUAUGAGCACACGGGCACAUACACACACACACAUACACAUACAUAUACACCCACAGAGCAGCUCCUCUUUUAAAGAUUACCGCUGGUAUUAAGACAGUCUCUGCUAAAGAUCCUUAUCCAUUUGGGAGCCAAAGCUACACCAAGAUUUUUGCAAUCAGAAAGCCAGCACCUACGGCCAUGGUGUAUACAAGACUGCAAAUCUGGUGCACCUGGAGUGGGUUAUUAUUUUAGCAAUGGAAGGAAAAAAGAAAGAAACAAACAAACAGAAGGGGCUCCUCAGAAGUUUUCCGUCAGAGAAAGACAGUAUUUCUUUAUCUCUAGUGUCUGUCAGGGUCCUGCUACCAUCAGUUUGAUUGAAUGUUUCACUGACUAUACCUGCCAGCCAGGAAAGCACUUGGUAAGCCUGAACCUGCAAUAGGAAUUGGGGGGGGGGGAGCCUCAGUUAUAUUUCCCUGUUUUCCUUAUUUAAAAAAAAAACAAAAACGGGUAAGGUAGAAAUUCAACAUCAGGCCUCAGGAGGAAUCCUAAAAAUCAGUGAGAGCUGCUGAGAGGCUGGUAUUUCAAGGACCAAUCAAUCACGAGGAAAGAAGUGGGGUCUUGUCACAUGCAGCCUAAAGCUAUAUUCCACAAGGGCAUGCUUAUUCUCUCUUAGAUAGAGGAGCCUGAGAGCCAGCAGGAGGGCCAAAGUUGACCUGGUCCUUCCCCCUUUCCUUUCCGUCUUUUUCCUGGCCACAGUAUCAGAGAGGCCCCAGAUCUCAGAAGCAAUCCCGGGUUUCCAACCUGUAAUUAUUUAGCUGCUGUUUCUAUUUUAAGGCUCUCUCUUCUCUAGAUAAUCCUCAGUCGGGAAGGAAGAGAACUCUCCUGUUGGGCCUCCCAGGAUCCAAUGCCCUGGAGGUGCCAAUUCAGUAAUAAGUGCCAAACAAUCCCCGUUUGCACUACAGGGAGCUAAAUGCCAACCACAGCUGGGAGGAGCCUUCUUGGGUGUUUAAAACAAAAUGGUUUAAGGAGCAGUGGACAAACAGUACGUGUUCAUUAAGGUGGUGCUCUGAUGUCAGUUUGGUUUUGAAUUGGUGUGUGUGUGUGUUAAGCAACAGAGGGGGUAGGAUGUAGGAAAACACAGUUUUGGAAAACUAACUUUUAAAGGCAAAUAUAAAGUUAACAUAGGAGUUUUUGGUUUUGAGAAGGAAGAAAAAAAGAAGGGAGAAGAUAGAGGGGAGGGGGUAAAGAGGCAGCAAACCAGGGUAAGUUUUAUCUGUCUUCUUAGUAACAACAGACAAGGUAGCAGGGAGGGCUAUGACCCGACCAGAGAUUUAGAGCUGAAUCCUGUCUAUUCCUCAGUUUCCCUAAGAAUAAGCAUAAUGCUCCUCAGUCUCUGGGAGGUCAACAGAAAUCCCAUAAUGUUAGAGCUGAAGGGAGGGCAUUUAAUCCAUUUAGAAAAUGAAAAAUCUGAGACUCAGAAAGGAAAAAGCAACUGAGGUCACAUGGGUCAGAAAUGGCAGUCAGGAUUUGAACACACAUCUUCUGUCACCAAAUCCAGGACACUCCACUGUACAACUCAGACUUGGGUUCCAGUGUCUCACAACCUAGCUUGUUUGACUGCAAAGUAAAUGGCAGAGAAGGGAUCUUAAGGCUUUAAAAAUAAUUUUCAUAAAAAAUCUUCCAAAGGCUUUAAGAUGGAUAAAUCAAUUGUAAUUGCUUUGAAUAAAAAUAAUUUUCAUAAAAAAUCUUCCAAAGGCUUUAAGAUGGAUAAAUCAAUUGUAAUUCCUUUGAACUCCAUGACCAUUUUCCGCUUAUGAAUGGACAAUUCAAAGAUUGUAACUAGACCUAAAUGAGAAAGCAAACAAAGAACUAUUUGAGGACCAUUCAAAGCCUAGAGGCAGAACAACUUGUCUAGAUCUGGGCCUCUUAAAAAGAAAUGCUAUAAGACUCUUUAGAGUGCUUCCUUAUUCUUUAAAAAAAAAACACACACAUCUAGAUGUCACCUUCAGCCAUUGCCUUUGUUUAAAAUGGGGGAGGUUAAGAGGAUUUAUUAAAUUACUGUGCUACUGAACACCAAGGGUCCAUCUAUCCCAGAUUAAUAUUUCCUUACUCCCAUGUAUCUGUGAUGUCACUGAUAUAGGUGUUACUUAGUCCAUGCAGAUCACAAUCUAUCCUCAUCUUCUGGUCCAUGCUUCCCCAGUCAUCUUCCACAGGGCCUCAACCCAACAUAAUGGAGGCCUUCCCUUGGUCUUUUUAUAUUUCAUAGGUAUCAGGGUAGCACUUGAGUAGUCUGUAAUCCAUUGCUCUUACCUAGCCCAAAAUAAAAUUGAGUUCCGUCUCUAAGAAGUGAUACUGACUGCCGGUGUGGGAGAAAAAAAGCAAUGCUGAAUGGCAGGAAGAGCACUAAGUAGGAAUGAGAAGGACUGUGGCUCUGCUAAUGACUACAUGACCUUAGGCAAGUCACUUAACCAUGGGAUCCUAGGAUCAUUGGUCCAGAACCAGAAAGAACUUAGUCCAACGACCUCAUUUUACAAAAUGGAGAAACAAGCUUAAAAAGAGACUUCAGUUUCCUCGUCUUUAAAAGGAGGUGAUCAGUUGGACUUAAUGAUGUCUGAGGUCCCCCCAUCCCAGCUAUAGGUUCUAAACAGAUUUAUAGAGGAAGUGAAGUUUGGCAGGAUAUGUCUCUCCAAUAUUCUUAACUACAAUUUCCUGUUGGAAACAUACCAGGAUGUUGCUUUUUCUAUCUCUCAACCUCAUGAGCCCAUCCUGGAACUAUGUAGCAUCAGAACCUCAUUUGAAUUCCUGUUAAGAGUACUCAGUGGGAACCAGGUUAAGGAAUCUGAUGUGCCACAUUCUAAUACAGCACCUGAUUUUAUUUUAAAAAUCCCAGGCUUUCCCAUCUGUAUUUGGUGCUUGUUCCUUCUAGUAAUUUCACUGGGGAUCCACAUGGGUCUUGAAGGAAGUCCUACCUUGGAAGUGCUGAUUCAAUACUUGUUUGUAGAAUGCAGGUACACCAGGUUGAGCAGUGGGCAGGCAGAGAUGAAAGGGAUGAUGUGGUCUCACCCUCAGGCUAAAUAAAUUUUGCAGAUGAAAAAGAUAAAGUGAGGGGAAAUGUCCCUUGUAAUGGAUCAUUAGAAAUGAGCUCUUUGAUUCUUUCCUUCUCUGCCCCCCAAUCUCUAGCUUAGCUCCUACGGGCUAGAAGCCAGAAGCUUCAGCUUAUUGGUAAAGGAUGUAACCACAAAGGAGAACAUCUGGAUAGAGGGCAGUACCAUGAGGUUAAGUAGUCUACAGUGGGUGAGAGGCGUGACCUUGCUAGAAAAAAAGCCCUCAUUUUCACGUUCCCACUUGGAAACCCAGCACAUACUCCACCUACUGCACACCAACUGGGUCUGAACUUCUCUGGAGAAGGCUUUUUGCACUGUGUACACAGUCAAUAAAAAUGUGGUAACCUCAGGGAAACAGCCUGUGCCGAGAAGGUCCACUUAAAGUGAGUGAAAAAUAAAUUAAGGUAGUUCCCUUUGCUCCUUUGAAAUAUAACCCACAUCCCUUUGGCCCCGGCUGGAAAGGAACUAAUAUUGUAUGUUUGUGACAGUGCCUUUAUCAAGCCAGGCAACAAUUAGAAACCACUCAGAACUCAUUGGAGGGCUUAAUAAAUCACUAUGCAGUAUAUCCCUUCUCAGGGCACCACAGCACCAUUUACAGACCUCAUCUACAGUAUUUAGGAAAAGCACAGUAUAAUCAGCAUGGGGUGAAAAACAAACUUGCAUUUUAUUUAUGGCCUUUGAAAAACUCCAUCAGUAGUCUCCACAUAGCUCAGAACUCCAAUAACCCCCCUGGAAUGCCAUGGCUGGUGCCACUUAGGAAAGAUGUAUCAAACAAACCCUUCCUUGCUGCUAAUCUGACCCAAUAGGUCACUUAGGACUUGAAAUGAUAUUUCUGCCUUAAGUCAGCAGACAUUUUUACAGACCCAUAUUUUCCUCCUGUGUUUGAAGGAAUAGGUAAAAAGGGUAAUAUCUGGGAAUAGAUCAUCAGAAAUAAUAGUGGUAGAAAAAUUCUACCCUCCAUUAGCAGCAGAAAGAAGAAAUAUCUCAUCAAUGCCUUGGACCUUUGGGUUGCUGGACUAUUGCUGUUGGAAUAAAGUGGGGGAGAGGGGCAGGUUAUGCCUUUCCACAGCUCCCAAUCCAAGGAUUGAAGAUAGGUCAUGAUGGUUUUGUAAAAAAUUCAAGAAGUAGGAGCCAGGAUUGUUAUUAGAAAACAUAGAAUUUCAGAUAAGCCACUUGAUAACAUUGGGUUUUUUUCCCUUUUAUUCAUUUUUAUUGGGUAUUUACAGUUACCCAGAGAAAUUAAGUGACCUGCCUAGCAUCACAUAGCUAGUACGUGUUUUCCAAUCCAGGUUUCCCUAACUCUAAAUCUAGCUUCGUAAAUACUUCCUAGUGCUGCUAGGGAGCAUGGUGUAUUGGAUACAGAGGGCUGGUUUUGAAAUAAGGAAGAUUUGGAUUCAAAUUCAGUCUCUCACACAUAUUUUGACUUUAACAAACCACGGGCAAACCAUUUAACCUCCAGCUACUCCAGGCCAUCCUCUAAGCCUACAAAGUAUAGAUGUGUGGUCAGUAUGCAGUGGGUGAAAGAGGGUUUCUACACCAGGAGUUCCCCAUGGUGGUGGACUCACAAGUCUGGACCAAUAUGUAAAGCCAGUAUCCUUUCCUCUUCCCAUGCAAGCUGAUCUGGAGUCUGAAGGAUUUAGAAGGAAAGGAAAAUACCCCUGAUAGAUUUGGGAUAUCUAUGGGCCUGGAAAACAUCACAUAAUUUGAAACAUUGAGACUCUAAACACAGCUCCUUUCAAAAUGGAAGUCUGCUACUGGAGAGACUUCUCUCCUGCUUUCUGAGUCCAUGAGUCACACUGUGGCCACAUUUGGUGCCAUUACAACAGGAAGAGCCGUUAAUAGAAAUAACCAAAGAUGCUAUUUCUCAGCACUCCUCAUCCAUGUCAGCCUGGAAAGAAAUGAUAGCCCAGUGAUGGUAGAGCAAGGAAUAGUCACUCGGAGAGAUCCCUGCAGAGUGAGCUUUGUGAUCAAAGAGAAACCUAGGGCAGACUAAAAUUGGUCCCACAUCACAUAUGCAGCCAGGUCUUUUAAGGAAAGACAUCCCUAAGUCAUAAUAGCAUCCCCUCAAGGGCUGAUUUUUCAAAGGUGGGCUAGAGAACCCUGAUGUUGGGGGAGUUAAUGGCCCCUGAUUACACUUCUAGCCUGUAUCCCUGAUUGCAGUGAUUUGAGAGUAUUCUCACUCAGUCUGCACUAACUGAAGCGCCGUUUACUAUUAGGAUGUAAAAACAAAACCUGUUGUUUAUACACUACUUUUUCUAGUACUUCCUGUGAUUUUAUGAUACCAAAUCUGUUCAAAAGUUCUAAAGAAAAAUUAUGUGAAAUCAUAUUUUGGAAUACGGGGGACGAAAGGGGUGGCAUCUUUGCUAAAUUUGAAAGAUUGUACCUUUUUGUACCACAGAAAGCAUUUGGAAUUUUUGUUUCAUAUGACUAUAUAAAUUGU